GACACACCAGACUGUGGAGGUGUCAUCCCGAGCAAGGGUUGCAUCAGAUGCGGGGUGCAUCAGUCGGCCACGUCCUGUGCUGCUGAACACUGAGCUGCUGAGAACACUGUGCCCCCCUUUCAUGCAGAGUGGGACCUCUCUCCAUUGACAUUUUCUCCUGAGGAGCCGGACACUGACCCCCCUCCAUUGUGCCAGAGGUGAAAUAAACCACUGCGGUGCCUAACCAUGAAGUUUGCCAGGUUCCUGCUGAAGAAUGCGGCGCUGGCCAAUGCGCCAAAACAGAUCGAGAGGUUCAGCCGCUACUCCCCGUCUCCGCUUUCCAUGAAGCAGUUCAUUGACUUUGGAUCCGCCAAUGGAUGCGAGAAGACCUCGUUUGUCUUCCUGCGGCAAGAGUUACCUGUGCGGCUGGCCAAUAUCAUGCGUGAGAUCUACAUCCUCCCAGACCCCUUGCUGGGGACGCCAUCGGUUCAGCUUGUGCAGAGCUGGUACAUCCAGAGUUUGAUGGACCUAAUAGAAUUUGUGGAAAAGAGCCCCGAUGACCAGAGGGUUCUGUCUGAUUUUACAGAGAUUCUGGUCAACAUCCGGAACCGGCAUAACAACGUUGUCCCCACAAUGGCCCAAGGGGUUAUCGAAUACAAAGAAGCCUUUGGGGUGGAUCCCGUGACCAAUCAGAACGUCCAGUACUUCCUAGACCGUUUCUACAUGAGCAGAAUCUCCAUCAGGAUGUUAAUUAACCAGCACACUCUUCUGUUCGACGGUGGAACUAACCCUGCCCACCCAAAACACAUUGGAAGUAUUGACCCCAACUGCGAAGUAGUGGAAGUAGUGCAUGAUGCCUUCGAGAAUGCCAAAAUGCUCUGUGAGCAGUAUUAUCUGGCUUCUCCUGAUCUACAAAUAAAACAGGCAAAUGCCAAAUCCCCUGGACAACCUAUAAAUAUGGUGUACGUUCCUUCUCACCUUUACCACAUGCUGUUUGAGCUUUUUAAGAACGCCAUGCGAGCGACCGUGGAGAGCCAUGAGGAGAGCAUGUCUCUCCCACCUGUUAAAGUCAAUAUUGUUCUAGGAAAUGAAGACCUGACCAUUAAGAUCUCUGACAACGGUGGGGGUGUUCCUUUAAGAAAAAUAGAGCGUCUUUUUAGCUAUAUGUAUUCCACAGCCCCGCUGCCCAUGAUGGACAAUGCUCGGAACGCCCCUCUGGCCGGCUUCGGAUACGGUUUACCCAUCUCUCGGCUUUAUGCCAAGUAUUUCCAAGGUGAUUUAAUGCUGCAUUCGAUGGAAGGAUUCGGAACAGAUGCUGUCGUUUACUUAAAGGCGUUGUCCACCGAAUCCAUCGAGCGCUUACCCGUUUUUAACAAGUCCGCCUGGAAGCACUAUAAGUUCUGCACGGAAGCAGACGACUGGUGUAUCCCAAGCAGCGAGCCAAAGAACCUGGCCAGGUAGAAGACAUGCACGUAGGCGGAAGAAAGGGAUCAAGCACUUAAAUUGCACAGGACCACUACCUGCGGGUGUCUGAGAAGACAGAGGCGAACUGUACUGUGCUGGAGCUGGCCAGGGAUGCAAUAAGGAGAGACAGCUAAUUGUCACAAGAGGAUGAAACUUUUUACAUAUUAGUUGUAUAUUUAAUGCCGAUAAAUUAUGUCCAUUUCUGGUGCCUCAUUGUCCAGAAGUAAGAAUAGUAGCAUUGUGUACCACUGUGUAUUCAUAAUCUCAAAGGAAACGUCCUUUAUGGAAAGAAAA